GAACGAAUCGGACGCUCGAGCGAGUCGCUCUCGUCGCGUGUGUGCGCGCGCGUGUGUGUUGAGUACGUUGAGUCCGUCGCAUGCCCGUCGCGAAGAGUGUUGUUCAGCCCAUCAAGUAGGGUCGUGUGAAAAAAGGCCAGUUUCGCUCCCAUUCUGUUAAACACUUCCGUUGAACAAGCUGUAAAGGGAGCCGGAAAACGGAAACACACAAAAAAAGGUCCUGCACACACACACACACAUACAGAAACAGGCCAGAAGACAAGCAUCAUCCUUGUUGGGGCCGCGAACAAAGGAGACGAUUACAAAAAGGCGAUCCUUGUGUGCUGUGUGUCCUCCAAGAGGCAGCAGCAAAAAAAGAAAAGGUGCCAUUGAGCGAUGAUGGCAUCGCCUCGACCACUCCAACCCGUAUCGCCAUUUUCAUCACUCGAGUAGGUGGGGGAGGGUGGUGGCCCUUGAAGAGCAAGGCUCGGGAGCAGAAAAUGGCAACAAUGAUCGUCUCCUGUUCCGUGGUACCGACGAAUAUUCCACCUCCGUCGGGCAUCGGGAGCAUCGGCCAGCCUCAGCCGUGUCAUAUCUGCUUUGCCGUCAUAAAAGAAGCGCUAGAAGUAUGUGCUCGUUGCUAGGGCAGUGGUAGUAAUGCCGACGACGGAUGAUUGCUGCUGCAUGACCCCGUUUACUUUGAUGAAGUUGUUCGAGGCGCGCGCGCUCCUCUGUGUUUCUAUGUUUUUAUUGUUCCCCUCCCAACGACCCAGUGAGUGUGGCUAGUGAAAGUGCACGAAGCGCAUGCAACAUGUGUUAAGAUAUUAUCAUAAUUACAUCGUGAAAGUGUGCUGUGUGAAAGUGGGUGGAGGAAACAAGCGAAAACCAAAAAAAGCUGAACCCAUUUCGUGGAAAAUAGUGCGCGGUGGAGACGGAGGUCGGACGCCGCUUUCAUCUUUCCAGGUUGAUUUAUUGCACUCCAGCGGCGGCCGUGUGACUGUGACUGUGCACAAUAUCCAUAAAAAAAGGACUCGAGCAAAUCCUUUCCACGCUGCCCUCGAUCGGACAUAAACUGGACUUAAAGAGAGUUACAGCGGUCGAGCGAACCAUGGACCUGGAGGAGCUUGCGGUAACCCUGCUGACGGGUGGAAAUAAAUCGACCGCCGGAACCAGCAGCUGCUGCCCUGCCGGCACUGGCCUCAACGGAAGCGGCGCCGAGCCGGGCUGGAGUGCGACAUCCGCCGAGCUGGAGAUCGCCUGGAGGGAAAGUUCCCCGCCAACGCUCGUCGCCGGACCGUACCCCGAGCCGAACGGAACCGCCGAAAGCAUACAAACGAUGGACUUUUUCUCGAUACUGCCGCUCUGGCGGCUGAUCGUGUGGAACGUGCUGUUCGCCGGCAUCGUCAUUACGGCCACCGUCGGUAAUCUGAUCGUGGUGUGGAUCGUCCUCUCCCACAAGCGGAUGCGCACAGUCACCAACUACUUUCUCGUUAAUUUAUCGAUAGCGGACGCGAUGGUGUCGACGCUGAACGUCACCUUCAACUACACGUACAUGCUCUACCUGGACUGGCCGUUCGGGACAAUGUACUGCAAAAUAUCACAGUUCGUUGCCAUUCUCAGCAUCUGCGCUUCCGUGUUCACGCUGAUGGCCAUCGCGAUCGAUAGGUAUGUUGCCAUCAUGAACCCGCUGAAGCCUCGCAUGGGCAAGAAAGCAACGCUGUGCGUGGCGGCCAGCAUCUGGAUCGUCGGCACGAUCAUCUCCUGCCCGUCGCUGCUCUUCUUCACCACCUACCCGAUGAAGGACCACAUCCUGUGCUACGCCGAAUGGCCCGACGGUCCCUCGAACCACUCGCGACAGGAGUAUGUGUACAACAUCGUGUUCAUGCUGCUCACCUACUUCCUACCGAUCGGCUCGAUGACGUACACGUACGCCCGGGUCGGGCUGGAGCUGUGGGGCUCGAAGAGCAUCGGCGAAUGCACGCAGAGGCAGCUGGACAACAUCAAAAGCAAACGGCGGGUCGUUAAGAUGAUGAUGAUUGUGGUGAUAAUCUUUGCCGUCUGCUGGCUACCGUUUCAAAUCUACUUCAUCCUCACGUCCUACUAUCCGGAGCUGACGAAGAAACCGUACAUCCAGGAGGUGUACCUGGCGAUCUACUGGCUCGCGAUGAGCAACUCCAUGUACAAUCCCAUCAUCUACUGCUGGAUGAACUUACGGUUCCGGCGUGGCUUUCAGCAGUUCUUCCGCUGCUGCCCGUUCGUGCGCGUCACCCCGGACAGUGCCAGCAGCCACCGGCGCACCGGUACGUCCCGCUACUCGUGCUCCGGCUCGCCGGACCACCUGCGAAUAGUAAGAAAUGAUACGGAGCGGUCGUUUCUGUACAACGGUUCCCAGUCGCCCACCGGACAGCGGAAAUGGCAAACCGGUCCCAUGCGACGGGUGAACACGAUGCUGACGAGCCAGAUGGUGAAUCAAACUACCAGCCUGUGCUGUGCGUCCCCGGCGGACGGCAACCCACCGGGCGGACCGGGCCGGCCGAAGGAUUAGCAGCAGCUGCACGAGCUCGGUCGCGGGCUCGGUGGAUCGAAUCGUGCGUCGCGCCACCAUCGACCAUCGGUCCGAUCGUGCCAAUCGGUAGAGGAACUGUAAAUAGGAGGCCCCAAUGCACACAAACACACAUACGAGACACGGAACGAUGAGGGGCAAAAGUGUGCUCCAGCGAAAAGACGCUGGAAAUUGGAAAUGAAGUCUUUUAAGCUCCUAGCCAAGAUUAGUGCGAGGUACAGCGAGGUUGAUAGGGAAAUUGGAAAAACCUCCCGCUGUGUGUUUCCACCGUCUACUCGCUCUAUCUCUCUGUCAGUGUGCGUGUGUGUGUGUGUUUUUAUGAAGUGGAGAUUGCAAAUCUCGUAAAUUAAUUUGCCCACCGUGCACCGUAGUAGCUGAACCGCUGACCGAAGGUGUGUCAUUCCACGACUUCAUCUCGGGCGGGCCUGUCACAAACAAAAAACCCCUCACCGAGCGAGGCAGAAGCACUGAGGCAAGAUAUGGAUGUUCUCGUUUUUGUGUUGCCCACCGCUCCCCACAAGUAUACGUAAGUUACAUUCGGCCGACCGCACAGAGCCACCGCGCCUCGGCAAAGAGUGUUAAGCUGAUUAACAACCUUCGCCCAAGCGCUUUAUUUAUAGCUCCUUCCUCUCCGCAAAGAAAAUCUUGCAACCCGCGGUCGGGUUAUCUUUUCCCUCGGUUCUCCUGACGUUGGUGAACUGGACGAAGAGGAACUGAAGGAAAAAAUGGAAUCCUGUUGUUUUAUAACUCUUUUCCUUCGUUUUGUUCCGCCCGCACGUUGUUUUGUAGAAGAUGAAAUGGUUCCCAAUCUUCCACUUUGAAGUGGGUCUUUCUCCGGUGAGUGUUCGUAUUUCGGGAGAUGCCCGGGAAGAUUAGUCUCGCCCUUCUCCCCCCGCGAUAAUAGUACGAGCGGUUUAGCCCCCCCCCUCCCCACCCUAUCCACCAUAGGAAAUUAAAUGGACGACCGUAAAUCGAGAGCGAUUUAAUCGACGAAGAUUUAGAUUUGACUCCAUUAAUCACGAUAAGUGCGAAACGGUGUACAAGACCGUUACUGUAGCAGGGGAAGAAGCAGUGAGUGUGGCUGAGGUGGCCGCUAACGACCCAUCCGCUAGCAAAGCUGUUUUUUCUCUUUCUCUCUCCCCCACACCCCUCUUCCCCCUUUGUGGUAGCACAAUGAAAAAUCUGGGGCUGUGUAAGCCACAAACAAUAGACACACGAGUCAAAGGACCAAUUUAACCGUUAAGCGUUACGAAAGCAUAAAAUCCGCGCGAAUAGAGGAGGUUCAUAUAGAAAGACUAGUAGGUAGCCCUGUAAGCAAAGGCAGUGAAUGGGGUGUGUUAAUUUUUGGAUCAACUGUGAACAAUAACUCCCUUUCCAUACACUCCCCCAUUCAGGCCCCUCCCCUUAUUCCUGGGUAGAGUAGACCUGGGAGCAAGUAUUCGCGAUACAGCAUUGGUAAUAAAUCUUAUUUGUGGCUCUCCACUGUGAAUGUC